AUGACUGGAACAGACACUAUCGCUGCCUCUGGUUCAUCUAACAAUGGACCAAAUCAUGACACAAAUCAUCCCUAUUUUCUACAUUCUUCAGAUGCACCUGGUAUGACCAUUGUCAACUCACCAUUUGAUGGAAGAGGUUUUCCCGAAUGGAGAAGAUCAGUGCUUAUAGCACUCUCAACCAAAAAUAAGCUAGGCUUCAUAGAUGGGAGUUGUGCUGCACCAUCUCUGACUUCCAAAGAGUAUGCACUUUGGAGCAGGUGUAAUGACAUGGUGACUUCAUGGUUGCUCAAUUCACUGUCUAAGGACAUUGGUGACAGUGUCCUCUACUCAAAGAGUGCAAAAGAACUCAGGGGUAGCCUUGAACACAGAUUUGGCCAGUCAAAUGGGGCCAAAUUAUAUCACCUACAGAAGGAAAUAGCAAAAUCAGUACAAGGAAACAACAGCAUAGCAGGGUACUUCACCCAAUUGAAAAAGGUUUGGGAUGAACUGGAUUCCCUGAACUCACAUUUAGGAUCAGACUUCGCAUUUGCGAAGAGGGUCUCUCGCAAAUGCGAGACUAGGGACUUGGCUGCCUGA